UCUGUGUCAGGAAGAUGAUAUUCUGGAAAUUGCUGCAUACUUAAUUCUCCAUGCCCAGCUACUUGGUUGCUUGAUAGAGUUGGGCCACUCCUAAGCCCUGAGUCACAGGAGGGUAGGCAGGGCUGCUUGAAGCUGGACCUGUUCCUGCUAGGAACUGAGAGUCUGGGCAGGCUAUUUAAUCGGAUUAUCUGGGGCCUGGGGCACAGGCAGGGCCGUCAUCAGAGGAGAAAAUAGGGUUCUUUCAGCAUGGCCUCUAGAACCCAGGAGGGUCAGCAUGCAUUUCUGGCUUGGUGUUGCUCUGGCUCCAGAAUCCACAUCACUGACCUCAGCUUUUGGGGUCUUAAGGGUGAAGAGGUAGUGACUGGGAUUGGGAGACUCCAGACCUCAGUUGGACAGUGUGCUGAGUGCUGAAGAUGAUCCUAAAGAGGGUGUCCUGAGUGCCUUGUCAGAGAAGCCAUGACCUUAAAGUGGAGGGAACUUGGAUCCUUAAGAAAUAUGUAUCAGUCAGAUGAUGGGGUUGCACACCUUGAGUCUCAGCACUAGGAGGCAGAGGCAGGCAGAUCUCUUGAGUUCCAGGACAGCCAGGAUUGUUACACAGAGAAACCUUGUUUUUGAAAAACAAACAGGAUGUAUCAGGUAGCUCAAGGCCAGCCUAGUCUACAUUAAAAAGAGAGAGAGAGAUGUAGCAGGGCAGUAAAGAUAGCUCAGGAGGCCGGGCAGUGGUGGUGCGCACCUUUAACCUCAGCACUCAGGAGGCAGAGGCAGUGAGUUUGAGGCCAGUCUGGUCUACAGAGUUCCAGGACAGCAAGGCUACAACAGAGAAACCCUGUCUAUAAAAGCAAAACAACAAAGAGUGCUCCCUGCCAAGUCAGGACCUGAGCUGGGCCACCGAGGUAGCCACUUCCUCUUCACCUUGAGACCCCGGAAGGAGAGAAUAGACCGGGAAGUUGUCCUCUGACCUCCACACUGCAAAUGGCAGCACUUGUGCCCCUCCCAUCAGCUUUCUGAAAGUACCAAGAUUCCAUCUUUUAAAAGUGUGUAUCUCGCCGGGCGGUGGUGGCGCACGCCUUUAAUCCCAGCACUCGGGAGGCAGAGCCAGGCGGAUCUCUGUGAGUUCGAGGCCAGCCUGGACUACCAAGUGAGUUCCAGGACAGGCACCAAAACUACACAGAGAAACCCUGUCUCGAAAAACCCAAAAAAGAAAAAAAAAAUGUGUAUCUCUAGGUCCAGAGUCCUUUGGCUGUCUCCUCCUGGUUUAGGUUGAAAGAUGAAACUGGCCUUAAUCAGUGGCAGUGGGGAAAUCUCAGGGCUGGAAGUGGCUUGAGUGUUCUCACCCACCCGGGCACCUGUUGGAGUGACUCAAGACCAAAUGGCCUUGUCUUCUUAGUUUCUCACCUCCGGGACAGGUCAGGGUUUGAAGAUCAACAGACACCGGAAAAGGCCUUGAGUAGGGUGUGAGAUCUCCUGAGGUCUCCCAGUUUGGUUGACCCUGAGGGCAUUUGAUGCCCAAGCUUGGGAAGGAAUUUGCUUUAAAUUGCUUGUGCUUGAGUAGACAAUUGUAGCCAUUGGGGCCAUUAGCCUGACAUCCAGACCUUGGGUGGAGAGGGGGCGUGGUGCCCCAGGGGAGGUGUCUGGGCAGCAAAUAACAGGACACUUGGGUUUGCCGAAGAAGCACAGCCUCUGGGAGGGAUUGGGGGAGGAGUUAGGCUCUCAAAGCCGGUUCAUAGAGGCUGAGCACAGGUGGGGAAGGUCUGUGGCACCUGGGUACGCUCCUGGCAGCUGUGGCAACUUUGGAGCCCAAGAGCCUCACGGAGCCAGAGUUGCAGCCUCCACCGAAGACUCCGUCCCGCCGUCCGCUCGCCCGCUCGCCCGCCGCAGAGGGUAGGGAGAGGCACUGUAGGGACUUGAGAGAACAGCACCUCUCCAGGGCAGGGGCGCCAGACAAGGAGGAUUCUGCAUUCAGCUUUCCAGAGGUGGUGAAUCCAUCCCUGAGAGCAAAGGUUCGAUUCAAGGACUCCGCAAGAUUCUUAACCCAAAUUCUCAGGGGCCAGUCUUCACCCUGGGAGGAGGGCAUUCAAGACGCCCUCUCAAAGACACUUUAUCCUCAAGCCAUGGCGCUGCCCGGCUCCUCACAAGCCCAGACUUGGAGCGUGGAGCCUCCGGUUGCCACAGCCUCUUUGCCCUCGGGACCUCAGGAGCAGGAGGGUGCCGGGAGCCCUGCAGCGUCCGGAGGGCUCCCGCAGGAGAAGGUGAAGCGGCCCAUGAACGCCUUCAUGGUGUGGAGCUCCAUUCAACGCCGCCAGAUGGCGCAGCAGAACCCCAAGCUGCACAACUCGGAGAUCUCGAAGCGCCUGGGAGCGCAGUGGAAGCUGCUGGGCGACGAAGAGAAGCGUCCCUUCGUGGAGGAGGCCAAGCGUCUCCGAGCCCGCCACCUACGCGACUACCCCGACUACAAGUACCGGCCUCGGCGCAAGAGCAAGAACUCGGGCACCGGCACCGGGUCUGCCCACUUCAGCCAGGGAGGAGGUGGCCUGGCCUGUGGUGGCCCGCACUGGGGGCCAGGGUACACAGCUACCCAAGGGAGCAGAGGCUUUGGGUACCAGCCCCCCAACUACUCGACAGCCUACCUGCCUGGCAGUUACGCCUCUUCCCACUGUAGACCGGAGGCCCCCUCGCCGUGCUCCCUCCCUCAGAGUGAUCCUAGGCUCCAAGGGGAGCUAAUGCCCUCUUUCCCCACCUACCUGCCCCCAGGCUCUACCACCCCAUACAGCACUUCCCUUGCUGGUGCCCCAUGUCUGUAACCCACCUUUAACUGGCAGAGACAUUUCAGUUCAGAGGCCUACAAGUCUCUCAAGGAACCAGAAUGCACAAAAGCACAAUAACACAAUUUUGUACAAUCACA